AUGAGAGAGAGAGCGCGGAAAAUUGAGAGGAAUAAACAAUCAGUCUUGUUUGUCUCCUCCUUCUCAAGGCCAUACAACAGAAGUGAUCAGCUGGUUAGCAAAUUGUUGUCGUCAGAACCCAACAGGUUACAUGCGAAAUGCUGCGAAAUGCUGAUCCUUACAAACGAGGGCUUAUCCGACGGGAACGGAACCAUAACUGGAAAGAAUAAAUCAAGGAAUGCUGUUGGAUCCACCGUGUUCGCACCACAAUUAUCCGGCAGUCAACAUCGCUCCAUCCGCCUAAGCCCCGGACCCCAGUAUCUCAACAGCACCAGUGUUGAAAUGGAAUGGUG